AAAAAAUAAAAAUAAAAACUAGCUGCAGUCUCCUUCUGCAGGUUUGCAUUAACAUUCUGCCCUUCCCAUCUUGUUCUUCAACCUAAAACCACCGUUCCUUAAUCCUACCUGCUUCUCCACCAAAUACUUCUACUCCAUUUUCUCUCUUCUAUUCACUUUUUCCACCGGCCACCGGAACAACAAUCGGGCGUCUUAAACCCUAAACCUAACUCUCUCAAAACCCUAAAAAAAAGCAUGGACUUCCAACAACCGCAUCCGUAUAGUAGUAGGCCACCACAGCAACAACCACCGUUACCGCCGCCGCCGUCCAUGGCGGAUCCCCACUAUCAUCAACAAUGGCCGCCGGUCCCACCACCUGGUUCAUGGUACUCGAACCAAUUCCAAUACCACCCACCCCCAUCUCAGCAUUCUCCCCCGUCUUCUCAGCCACAGCAGUGGGGUCCACCUCUUCCCCCUCCUCCUCCAUUUCCUGGACCUCCUCAUGGGCCUUAUCAUAUUCAACAACAGGCACAGGCCCAGUAUCCACCUCCUCUUCCCCCAAGGCCUCAAUCCUUUCCUCAUGGAAAUCAGGACCGGGGCAAUAUGAACUGGGGUCAACAACAAAGUUGGGAAAACUCAGUAGCACCUAGCAAUGAAGAUUGGGCUGCAAAGGCCCGAGCAUGGGCAGCUGCCAACGCUGCUACUGACUAUCAGCACCAGCACUCGCAGUUUACACAUGAUAGCAGGCUGGAAGAGCAGAGUCAUUACUAUGGGCAAUACACUCAAUCUGCUGAUCAACAUUUCCAAGACAUUCAACAACCAUCAGUUCUGCCAGCAAGUAAUCAACACUCUAUGAAUCCCGUGGCACCUCCUCAGAGGGCGUCGUUUGGCCAUUCACAGGAGCCUGCCUUCUUCACCUCUGGGCAACCUACUUAUGUUCCUGACAUGCGUUUACCUUACACUGCUAGAGAUGGAAGUUUCACCGGAGAUUCAGUUGCUUCAUUCCCUCAGCAAGGAAACUCAUCCAUAAGUCCAUUAGUCCAUCAGCAGGAGGUACCUUCUAGUUAUUCUUCUAUUGCAGGUAAAGAAGAGGCUGGGAAUCAAAAUGAGCCGUUCUAUGGUUCUUCACCUUUUGGCAACGCUACUCAGCAGCAUCAUGCACAACCAAUGCCAACAGCACCCAAUAAACCUGCAGUGAUGGAAGAGCAUCGUUAUGUGAUGGGUCCUGAUCUUAGUGAUCAGCCUUUGGACUUUGCACCUCAUUUUAAUCAUGAGCAUGACCGGCAUUCCCAGCCCUAUUUUGUUCGUGCUGAUUCUGGAGGCUCUGUGGGGGUUGCAGAUCCUGUUUCAACAAUGCCUUCCAAUUAUGCAUGGCCUUCUUCUGCUGCUCCUGGUGCUGCGUAUCCUCCUCUUCCUCCAUUACCUCCAAUGGGGUCUCAGGUUGAUCCUACUGUCAUUGGAGCUUCUCCAGUUGCUGAGCACACUGGACCAUUCUUUGGUAGAGUACAGAGUUCAAGCUUCACCCCAACUGUCCCAUCGGUUGGUGCACACUUUGGUGUAGGUGCAGGGGCUGCCCUGCAUCCUCCAGCAGCUUUUCCAGCUGAUGCAUAUGGGAUUUCUGAUCGCCCUAAGAAGGCUGCUGUGCCGAACUGGCUUAGAGAGGAAAUAAUUAAGAAGAAAGCUGUCAUCACAACUUCAGCUCCAGACCUUCAAAAGGAGGAUUCUCAAUCUAUUGAAGAUGAAGGUGUUGAUAAAUCUUAUCGGAAAGGUGACCAGGCUGAUAGCAAGAGCAUCGAUUCUUCAAGAUCAACUGAGGAAGAGGAUGAUGAUGAGGUUGAGGUAGAAGCAGCACGAACUGCAGCAAUGAAUCAGGAAAUAAAGCGUGUCUUAACUGAAGUUCUUUUAAAGGUUACUGACGAACUAUUUGAUGAAAUUGCAACAAGAGUUCUUAGCGAAGAGGAUCUCACUGUUGAUGUUGAGCAACAAGCUGGUGUUUCCAGGCAGAAGGUAUCAGCAUCUGUUCAACCUGUUACAACUCCCAAGGCCUCUGCCAAGGUUCUGAUACCACCCAAACUUAAGGAUGCUCAUUCAGUUGAUGCCAGUGAGAAGUCUACUUCCAGUUCUCCUGGGGAUCUUUUAGGCCUUGCUAGUUAUGCAUCAGAUGAUGAGGAUGACAAUGAAAUCCAGAGUUCUGAUAAGCAAAAGCCCAAAGAGCAUGACAAUGGACGAUCUCAUGAAGAAUCUGAGAAGCAUGAUAGAUCUCCUGUAAACCUGGAGAAAAAUCCUCGCGAAAUGAGUCCUAAUGUUGAAACUGUUAGGAAUGUUGCUGUCAGCUCUAAGUUGACGGAUGACAGGACAACUAGAUAUUCUGCUCAUGAAGAUGCUGGAGGCUCCUUUAAGACUGAAUCAGGAGUUCCGGAGGAUAAGAUGCUGGGUGAGAAGGAGGAUGUGAAAACUGAAAAUCCAUCCGAGACUCUUGAUCUCAAAAGGACUAAGGUAGAUAACUCCAGAAGUGAAGACAAAAGAGAUAAGUCAGAUAAAAGUGGUAAACGUGAAGUUAGAAAGGGUUCUGGCACAAAUGAUAAUGGUAUUGACAUUACAAGCUCGAAGGACAGAAAAACUGAGAAAGAAGAAGGAAACCGUAGGAACCAUGAGGAAGGACAUGUUAGAAAGGAGAAGGUGGACGAUCUAGAUGGUUCAAAAGAUAGAGUGAAAGAGAAAAGUCGUAAGUCAGGGGAAAAAGCCAAGGAAUCUGACUCAAGGAAAAGGCCCUCUCCUUCUAAUGUCAAGGAAGAAAGAACGGAGACAGAAAGACACAGCAGAGCUGGUGUUACUACAGAUAAUGGAAGAAAAAGAGAGAGAACAAAGGAUGAGAAAAGAGAAAAAUCUAGACAUAAAGAGGAAAGGGUCUCCAGCAGACGUAAGAGACAUCGUUCAUAUUCUAUUGAUAGCAGGGGUAAACAGAGCAAGGACAGCCGUGCCAAUGAUUCCAGUGAUGAAUCUUUAGAUGAUUCUAGAAGGAAGGUGCAUGCAAAUAGACACCGAUCACCAUCGCCAGUCAGGUCAAGGAAAAGACAUGUUUCGCGGUCUCCUCAUAGCAAGCAUUCUCAGCGCAGGCAUUCUCCGUACCCUGCCAGUGAAAGGAUCAGGGGAAGGAGGUCAAGAUCAAGAUCAAGAUCUCCUGUUCGUAGGAAAAGAUAAGCAAAGGAGUACCAGAAGGAAGUUAAGAUAAGAGUUAUGAAGGCCAAUAAGGCAUGGCCUUUGGCUGUUAAUUAGAGAGUGGAUGCAACAGUUGACCUGUUUGAAAUCCUCUGUUACUGCCUUUGCCUGUUAAGUAUGACAAUGGAUAUGCCAGUUGAGCUAUUAAAAUCCUGUGUCACAGGUUUUGCCGGCCAGGAGGAAAGCUGCGAUAUCCUCAUGCAGAGGAUUAGUGAUAUGAGUGGUUCAUGGUGCCUCUAUGUUAGAUCAGCUUGCUGUUGGCAUUUUCGACAGUUAUAUUUGUUAUAAUUUUGAAGUUGAUAAUUUGUUUAGCUGUAAAUUUGUAUUUGGAGGUAGGUGUCUAAAGAGGAGAACCGCUACUUGAACAAACGAUGAGCUUUUUCCAUUUUAUAAUAUUCCUUGGAAGCUUCAUUCAGUA